AUGGAUUUUCCGCAUGCGAAGUCGGCUGAAGAAUUAUUUAAGUAUUUUAAAGUAUCAGAAGAGCAAGGAUUAAAUAACGCAGAAGUAGAGAAGCAGCGGGAACAAUACGGACUUAACGAACUGCCGGCUGAGGAAGGGAAAUCAUUAUGGAAGUUAAUACUAGAACAAUUCGAUGAUUUGCUAAUCAAAAUUCUCCUGCUAGCUGCUGUUAUAUCAUUUCUACUGGCGUGGUUUGAAGAAGGUGAAGGUCAAACGACUGCUUUUGUUGAACCAUUUGUUAUUUUACUCAUUUUAAUUGCAAACGCUAUUGUUGGAAUUUGGCAGGAAAGAAACGCUGAGAGCGCUAUAGAAGCUUUAAAGGAGUACGAGCCAGAAUUAGCUAAAGUUGUUCGUCAAGACAGAGAAGGCGUUCAAAAGAUUAAAGCUCGAUUUCUUGUUCCUGGCGAUAUUGUAGAGGUUGCAGUUGGUGAUAAGGUACCAGCUGACAUAAGAAUUACUAAGAUCAAGUCGACGACCGUAAGGGCAGAUCAAGCAAUAUUGACUGGUGAAAGUGUCAGCGUCUUAAAGCAUACGGACGUUAUACCUGAUGAGGCUGCUGUUAAUCAGGAUAAAAAGAACAUGUUAUUUUCCGGUACCAAUAUUUCCGCUGGAAAAGCUACCGGUAUUGUAGUACGAACUGGUCUGGAUACAGAAAUCGGCAAAAUUCGUACUGAGAUGGUAGAAACUGAAACGGAGAGGACACCAUUACAACAGAAAAUUGAUGAGUUUGGACAACAGCUAUCGAAGGUCAUUUCUGUUAUUUGCAUAGCUGUGUGGGCUAUUAACAUUGGUCAUUUUUCUGACCCUAUUCAUGGUGGAUCCUGGUUGAAGGGUGCUAUUUACUACUUUAAAAUCGCGGUAGCUUUAGCUGUCGCAGCUAUUCCAGAGGGUUUGCCAGCCGUAAUAACAACUUGUUUAGCGCUAGGUACUCGCCGUAUGGCUAAGAAAAAUGCCAUCGUGAGAAGUCUUUUUUCAGUGGAAACUUUGGGUUGUACUACAGUUAUUUGUUCUGAUAAGACAGGAACUCUCACUACGAACAUGAUGUCAGUUAGUAAGUUUUUCACUGUCGAAAGCAUUAAAGGAGAUAAGACUAACCUUAUCAAAUUCUCAGUUGGUGGUUCGACGUAUGAGCCGAUUGGCGACGUAAAAUCGAUGAAUGGAACAGAAAUAAAAGACAGCGACCGAGAGAAAUUCAGGGAACUUGCAACGAUAUGUAGUUUAUGCAACGAUUCCAGUUUAGAUUAUAAUGAAUUUAAGCGUUCUUACGAAAAAAUUGGUGAAGCCACAGAAACUGCGCUAUUAGUUCUUGUAGAAAAGCUAAAUGUAUAUGAAACCACUAAGGAUGGUUUUUCUAAAGCACAAUUGGCUAGUGUUUGCAACAACGUUAUAAAAUCUCAAUUUAGGAAGGAGUUUACUAUGGAGUUCUCAAGGGAUCGUAAAUCUAUGAGUGCAUACUGCACUUCCAUCGACGGAGAAAGUAAAGCAAAAUUCGCAACCGGUCAAAAGAUGUUUGUUAAGGGAGCUCCCGAAAGUAUUUUGGACAGAUGUACUUAUGUACGUCUCGCUGAUCAAAGCAAAGUACCCAUGACAGAUAGCAUCAGAGAACAAAUUAUGACUCAGACAAUAGAGUAUGGAACAGGUGCGGACACACUCAGAUGUUUAGCGUUGGCGACUGUUGAUGAUCCUGUGGAUCCGAAAGAUAUGAAUUUAGAAGAUCCUGCUAAUUUUUCAAAAUAUGAGAGCAAUAUGACUUUCGUUGGGGUAGUCGGAAUGUUAGAUCCGCCUCGAAAGGAAGUAUAUAAUGCAAUCCAGCAAUGUUAUAGAGCCGGUAUAAAAGUAAUAGUUAUUACUGGCGAUAACAAAGACACUGCUGAGGCAAUUUGUCGAAAGAUUGGUGUCUUUGAACCUGAUGAAAAUACGACAGGUAGAUUAUCAUAUUCAGGAAGGGAAUAUGAUCUAUUGCCUCCAGAAGAACAGAAACAGGCUGCCCUUCGAGCAAGAUUGUUUUCUCGAGUAGAACCGACACAUAAAAGUAAAAUUGUAGAGUACUUACAAAGUACAGGUCAUAUCUCUGCGAUGACAGGUGAUGGAGUCAACGACGCUCCUGCUCUCAAGAAAGCAGAGAUUGGUGUUGCUAUGGGAUCUGGAACUGAAAUGGUAUUGGCGGAUGAUAAUUUUUCAUCUAUUGUUGCAGCUGUGGAAGAAGGGCGAGCAAUUUAUAAUAAUACAAAGCAAUUUAUUCGGUAUUUGAUAUCUUCGAAUAUUGGAGAAGUUGUCAGUAUAUUCUUGACUGCUGCGUUGGGAAUGCCGGAAUCUUUAAUUCCUGUUCAAUUAUUAUGGGUAAAUUUGGUUACGGAUGGAUUUCCAGCCACGGCGUUAGGCUUUAAUCCGCCUGACAAAGAUAUCAUGGAAAAGAAACCUCGAGAUGCAAAGGCGCCUCUCAUAAGUGGUUGGCUGUUUUUUAGAUAUUUAACUAUCGGAGUGUAUGUCGGUGUGGCAACUGUUGGAGCUGCGGCUUGGUGGUUUAUGUACUAUGAAGGCGGACCUCAAGUUAGUUGGUAUCAAAUGACACAUCACAUGCAAUGUAAAAGUGAAACAGAAAAUUUCGAAGGAAUACAUUGCGAAGUGUUUGAAGAAACAAGUGCUAAUGCAAUGGCCUUAUCGGUAUUAGUAAUUAUUGAAUUACUGAAUUCGCUAAACAGUAUUAGCGAAAAUCAAAGUUUAUUGGUAAUGUCACCUUUCAAGAAUAUAUGGCUUAUUGGCGCUAUUGUAGUAUCGCUGGCUUUGCACUUCAUAAUCUUAUAUGUGGAUAUUCUAGCACUUAUAUUUCAAGUAACUCCUCUAAACACUACGGAAUGGAUUGCUGUACUAAAAUUUUCAUUUCCUGUGAUAAUAUUAGAUGAAAUUUUGAAAUAUCUAUCUCGAAUGCAAGGUAAUGCUAAUUAA